AUGACCUGUCAAAAUCUCAAGUGUGUUCCUCCUCUUCCAUGUAACUUGGAGAAGCUAAACCUGGCAAACUGUUUUGCAUUGGAGAGUAUAUCCGACCUUUCAGAGCUGACGAUGUUGCGCGAGCUCAAUCUCACAAAUUGUGUGAAAGUGAAUGAUAUUACAGGCUUAGAGCACUUGACGGAUGAAACUCCAAGUGCUCCUUUGAAGUAUAAGAAAAGACUGUCCAAGGUGAUCUCCACAAGGCCCUGCCAGGUUUUCGAAGAAGGUGGAGCCAGCUCAAAAGGUGAAUCUAUUGUUACAUGA